GGCAGGGGCCGGGCAGCUGCCGCUGUGAUUGGCACAGCCCGCUCCGGCACAGGAGGCGGCGAGCAGCCGGGGACGCAGGAGCCCCGCUGCGCCCCUCCAUCCCCCCGGCGGCAGCGGCGAGCUGCCGGGCUCCGCGGCGCGGGGAAGGAUGCCGGGGAAGAAGCCCGGGGGCUCCGCGGGCGGCGGCGAGCUGCAGGGGGACGAGGCGCAGCGGAACAAGAAGCGGAAAAAGAAGGUUUCCUGCUUCUCCAACAUCAAGAUCUUCCUGGUGUCCGAGUGCGCCCUGAUGCUGGCCCAGGGCACCGUGGGCGCCUACCUGGUGAGUGUUUUAACUACCUUGGAGCGGCGAUUCAACCUGCAGAGCGCUGAUGUGGGGGUGAUAGCCAGCAGCUUUGAGAUUGGGAACCUGGCCCUCAUUCUCUUUGUGAGCUACUUUGGAGCCCGGGGGCAUAGGCCACGUUUGAUAGGAUGCGGAGGAAUAGUCAUGGCUCUGGGCGCCCUCCUUUCGGCAUUGCCUGAAUUUCUGACCCAUCAGUACGAAUAUGAAUCUGGGGAAAUACGCUGGGGGGCUGAAGGGAGGGAUGUAUGUGCUGCCAACGGGUCCACCAGCAACGAGGGACCAGACCCGGAUCUUAUCUGCAGGAAUAGGACUACCACCAACAUGAUGUACUUGCUUCUCAUUGGAGCGCAAGUGCUCCUAGGCAUUGGUGCUACCCCUGUACAGCCACUAGGAGUUUCCUACAUCGAUGACCACGUGAGACGGAAAGAUUCCUCCCUGUAUAUAGGGAUCCUGUUUACAAUGCUGGUAUUUGGACCAGCCUGUGGAUUUAUCUUGGGCUCCUUCUGUACCAAAAUCUAUGUGGAUGCUGUCUUCAUUGACACAAGUAAACUAGAUAUCACCCCCGAUGACCCUCGGUGGAUCGGCGCGUGGUGGGCAGGCUUCUUGCUGUGUGGUGCCUUACUUUUCUUCUCGUCCCUCUUGAUGUUUGGAUUCCCGCAGUCCCUGUCCCCCACGGUGGAGCACACGGUGGAGAGCGAGCAAGCCAUGCUCCCCGAACGAGACUACGAGCGGCCCAAGCCAAGCAAUGGGGUCCUGCGGAACUCGCUCGAAGGGGAGGACAGUGCCUCCUGCCUCCAGCAGCUGAGAGUGAUACCUAAAGUAACAAAGCACUUGCUGGCCAAUCCUGUCUUCACUUGCAUCAUACUUGCUGCCUGCAUGGAGAUUGCUGUGGUCGCUGGCUUUGCAGCCUUCCUGGGGAAGUACCUGGAACAGCAGUUCAACCUCACCACCUCAUCAGCCAAUCAGCUCUUGGGGAUGACAGCGAUCCCAUGUGCAUGUCUGGGCAUAUUCCUGGGUGGUCUCCUGGUGAAGAAGCUCAGCCUGUCUGCUCUAGGAGCCAUCAGGAUGGCCAUGCUCGUUAACCUAGUGUCCACAGCUUGCUAUGUCUCUUUCCUAUUCCUGGGCUGCGAUACGGGGCCUGUAGCUGGGGUUACUGUUCCCUAUGGAAACAACUCAGCUCUGACCUUGCCCUUGGACCCAUAUUCCCCCUGCAAUAACAACUGUGAAUGCCAAACCGAUUCCUUCACUCCAGUUUGUGGGGCAGAUGGGAUCACCUACUUGUCCGCCUGCUUCGCGGGCUGCAGGAGCACGAAUCUCACUGGCUGCUCAUGCCUCAGUUUGGUCCCAGCCGAGAACGCUACAGUAAUGCACGGAAAAUGCCCCAGUCCUGGUUGCCAAGAGGCCUUCUUGACAUUCCUCUGCGUGAUGUGUGUUUGCAGCAUGAUUGGAGCCAUGGCGCAGACGCCGUCAGUUAUCAUACUCAUCAGAACAGUGAGCCCUGAACUUAAGUCUUAUGCGUUGGGGGUGCUUUUCCUGCUGCUCCGUUUGCUAGGUUUUAUCCCGCCACCCUUGAUCUUUGGGGCUGGAAUUGACUCAACAUGUCUGUUCUGGAGCACGUUUUGUGGCGAGCAAGGAGCCUGCGUAUUGUAUGACAAUGUCGUCUAUAGAUACCUGUAUGUUAGCAUUGCUAUAGCCCUGAAAUCUUUCGCAUUCAUCUUAUACACAACCACCUGGCAGUGCUUGAGGAAAAACUAUAAAAGAUACAUCAAGAACCACGAAGGUGGGCUCAGCACUAGUGAAUUCUUUGCCUCUACUCUCACCCUAGACAAUCUGGGGCGGGACUCUGUGCCCCAAAACCAGUCACAGAGGACAAAAUUUAUCUAUAACCUUGAAGAUCACGAAUGGUGUGAAAACAUGGAGUCUGUUUUAUAGUGACUAAGGAUGGAUGAACUCUAUAUUAAUAAUAUAUGGGUCCUUUUUAAUUAAAAGAGAGAGAGAGAAUAAAAUUUAAAAAACAGGAAACUUUUGUCUUUGUCUCAAAAACCAGAGCCAAGGAUUCAGAAUAACAAAAUCUUUAAAGGGGAUCAUUUUUGAAAUCCUGUCGGAGUGCUGGAGAGAACCCCAAACCACUCCAGUUGGGUACCAGCCCCUGUGAUGAUGGUACAAUCUUCCAGGAUAGAAUCACCUGCCAGGGCAUUGGGAGCUGCAAACCCAGGUUUUUGUGGGAGAACUCAUCAGAUGGACAUUCUUGGGCACCUGGUGAGAAGAAACAAGCAAAUAACAGCAAUUCCAGAAUAAGCGUUCGAGACACUGCAUGCCAUUAGGGAUCUGUGCAGCCCUGUCACCUCUGCAAUAUGGGCUAAAGGGUUAGCCAGGGUGCUGUUCAAGUCCAAUGCACUCUCUCAAUGAUGUCAAAGAGGGAACAGUGCUGGAGUUAUUAAACUACUUACACUCUGUCACCAGCCAUGAUUCCAUGUUAGAUACUUUGAAUGAUGCCGUAUACCCUCUAGCCAGCACACAUGAAUGGUCAAAGGCUCCACUGUCCUUCCAGCAGAUCUCAGAUUUCGGUUCUCUGUGAACGGCUGUGCUCAGAUCUUUAAAACCCAGUAAAGUUCAAGUCAUUUGCUUACACUUGCCAAAUGUUCUGUCAUUUUUUUUUAAACUCAAACAUUUGCCUAUAUAAUCCUUUUAAGAUUUUUUUAAACUACUUUCAAAUCUAUAUUAACCCUUAAAUCACCAACAGAGUUCUAUAAGGGGAAUUUAUUCUACCAAUUGCAUUUUUUUUUCAGUUUCUUUUCAAUAUGCCACAACAUCAUGCGAGGGAUUCAGCUAAUCCAGUGCAUUUUUUUUUUAGUCUGUAUGCCUUCGUUCUGAUGCACUGUCAAACCAAUGAGGACGUGCAUUAUUAAAAAGAGAUUAAAAGAGAGAGUGAAUGCUCUGUCUCUCUAUGAAAAUAACUAAAAGUUGGAGAAUUCUAGUAUGAUAUAAUAAUUUACAGAUUAUUUUUUCAUAUGACAUAUGACUCGGUGACUACAUAGAUGGAGAGACCGUUUGUUUAUGUACUCUCCGGUUUUUAAAUAUAUAUUAUUUGCGGUCGGGUGGGAGAAUUCCUUAAAGAGUGUGUGUGUGUGUGUGUGUGUGUGUGUGUGUGUGUGUGUGUGUGUGUGUGUGUGUGUGUGUGUGAGUGAAUACUGAGCCCAAUCCUGCAACCCUUACUCAGACAAUUUCUAUUCACGAGUAGUCCCAUUAAUUUCAAGGAGACCACUCAUGGGGAAACGGUGCAGGAUGUGACCUAUUAUGGGCCAGAUGUUGCCCCUAGAGUUGCAUUCGGGGCUCCCAUAAAGGGGCAGAAUUUUCAAAAGCACCCAAUAUUGCUCAUUAACCCAUUGCUCAUAUUAACCCAUUACUCACUUGGACCAGAGUUAGGGCAACACUGAGCACUUUUGAAAAUCACACCCAAAUUGUAUAGGAGCUGCCCCCAUGGAUCCUGGGGAAGAACUAGCAUUAUCUUUUGAAUUAGAGUCUUGUCCAAUGCCCUUUGAAAUCAAGGGGGGUCUUUCUAUAGACUUCAGUGGACACUGGAUUGGACUUUUCCUAUAUAAUCUUUUUCCAGGGCAUUCCUACUGUUAAGCAAUAAAAAGUGGCUGUUUAAUGAAUUUUCUCCAACCGUAACUGAAACCAGCCAUGUUUCCAAUGGAGUAAAUGUCAGUAGCAUUUUAAGGGUUAGCAUUGUUAAUUCAAAAUCUUGGGGGUUUUGGCUUGUCUUUUAAAGCUGUUGCAAACCUGCAAACAUUUAGAAGCAUAACCUGUCACAGGAUGUAGCUCCCAUGGAUCCCAGGAGUGGGUGAGCUUCCCAGAGGCACGUUCAUUGCUGGCAAUGGACACACCAGAAUCCUCAUAAUGGAGCAGUGAGGUUAACUUGCCACUCGUGUUCAGUACCCUUUUAGCAGACCUGGCGCUAAUCGAGACAGUUAAAAGCUGGCAGCCUAAGACCGCUUCCAGCUGACUUACUUUACUGGUGUGUUUUGUAAUUUAUGCACUGCAUUUAAAUGUUCAGCAACAGUAAGGGCAAAGAACCCAGUAUAUCAAAUAAACUGCACUGUGCCAAAUACUCAACCAAUAUUGUA